AUGGCGCAAAACAACAAUCAAGAGAUCGAAUCUCAGAGUGUAGCUAAAUCCCGCCGCAGAGGAAGUGUAGAGCAAGUUAGGAAGCAGCAAAAGAGAGAUCUCAUGACAUUCUCAACUCCCGAUGUUUUGGUAACCCUCCUGGUGGGCUGGGAGUCUGUCAGAUUUACGGUUUCCAAGAAUAUUGCAUGCUACCACUCUCCGGUCUUCCAUGCCGCCUUCAAUGGCUCCUACGUCGAAAGUACUAGUCUUGAAUAUCGUAUGGCUCAUGUUGAUGAACCUACUGCAAGACUUCUCCUACAAUACCUCUACUACAACGCACUUAGCCUUGUCCAGUUUGACGACCGCUGCGAUACCCACGAUCAACUCUCAACCGAGGAACAGCAUGCUCUGACUGUCCAAGACAAUGAUUUAGUCUGUCUGUGGGUUCUUGCUGAUGAGCUGGGUAUGCCACAACUACAGAAUGAGGUCAUCACCCAAUUCCAUGCAAUCCAAGAGAAGCUCAACUGCAUUCCCGCCGCACCAAUCAAUCUGAUUUAUGAUAUCACGUCCAUGGAGAGCCAGUUGAGAAGAUAUAUCGUGACCUUUGCGCCAGAAACCUCGACGCUUCCGAUCUUACUCAGGACGGAGAACGAAAGUGUAUGGAUGCAAUGA